AUUAAGUAAUGCCUCUCUUGCUCCCGUGACUUGGUUUCUCUUAUUGCUUUUUUUAUUGUAUGUCCAAAGAGAACAAAAACGUCAAUUAUCACUGUUCAUUCACGGAUACUUCGUUGACUGUUUCGUCCUAUCUAUACUCGCCACGUGUUAAUUUCUCACGGCCCAUGACCCCACUGCCCGCUUUCUUACAAUUCAAAAAGAACCUAUUGCUACAACUCUCUAAAAUUGAGCAGUUAGUGAAUUACUAGUGUAGUGAGGAGAUGAUUAACGGCAAGAAUCCACCGGAUGUCGGAAUUCAGCUGCCGGAGUCAAAGAUGGGGAUUGAUGCUGUCACGGAUGGCUCGAGCGGUCCACUGGUCAGAAAUGUUAACGGGAAAGCUCAAGUGAUGCAAGUAGUCCUACGGGCAUUGUGUCUUGUGACUUCAGUCACAGCUCUAUCACUUAUGGUAACUGCCGAACAAGCUUCUACCAUCACUGUCUUGGGCUUUAACAUACCCUUGCACUCCAAGUGGUCCUUCUCUCGUUCCUUCGAGUACCUGGUUGGCAUCUCGGCUGCUGUUGCACUUCAUUUAAUACUUCAGCUACUAAUCAGCGGAUCAAGACUUGUGCGAGGAUCACCAACUAUUUCUUCGCGAAAUCACGGAUGGCUUAUUUUUGCUGGAGAUCAGGUAUUUGCAUUGGCGCUGAUGAGUGCUGGAUCAUCUGCAUCAAGUGUUUCCAGUUUGAAUCACACAGGGAUUCGACAUACAGCUCUGCCAAAUUUCUGCAAACCCCUGCAUCAUUUUUGUGACCGUGUAUCUGCUUCAAUAGUCUUCACUUUUUUCAGCUGCUUUCUGCUUGCCAUUUUAGUUGUUCUUGAUGUACUUUGGCUGUCGUCUAAGCACUAGACUUAUUUGCUUUACUAAGUGAUUUACGUGGUAAACCUUAUUAGGUAAAUUUGUGGUCAUUGCAAUGCCCCUUUAUUUCUUGAUGCAUAACAUAAAUGUGGCCACUAGAAACUCACUGCAGCUCAACAUUUUGAAAGGUGAAUCUGUGUACAUUAUGCUUAUUUCCUUGA